AUGAGUACGGUAGAUUGGGACGGAACUAGACAGAUCCUUUUAAGGACACCCGCAGAUGUGCAGAAAGGGUUUAGUUUCAUUGAGAUCGUUAACGCAGUAGACGGGUUAUCUUACGAUUAUCAGUCCAACCCAGCUUUUAAGGAACAUGUAUAUGAGUUUCACACUCACUCAGGUGUCCCAAUAGGGUAUAUUUUACAAUUUGUGGUACAAGAGAUGCGCUUGGUUGCAUCUACAGAAUUUGACCGCUUGUUCGCUUGUUCAGAUGCAGAACGAUAUGUAAAGUUCAAGGAAACGGAUUUUGAAACUCGCAAUGAGCAACUGGAGACUCUCGCUCAGCAACUGCGCUCGAGAUCAUCUUUAUCGUGCCUGAAGGGGUGGAGGAACGAGAAAUAUGCUGUGUAUGUGGAACAUCUUCCUUACGUGCUUAUCGAACGAGCCCUCUCCAGUGUUUUCGGGAUUAUUACUUACGGGGUUCAUAUGAACGGGUAUCUCCGAGACGCUUCAACGGGGGAGCUUUUGAUAUGGGUACCGCGAAGAUCAUACAAGAAAGCCACAUGGCCAGGUAUGUUGGACAAUGUUGUUGCCGGGGGACUCGGGCAUCCUCACGGAGUUUACGACACCCUACUGAAGGAGAGUAUGGAAGAAGCAGCGCUUCCAGAAGAGGUCAUCAGGAAUGGGGCAAGAGCUGUUGGUGUGGUAUCAUAUUUCUAUCACAAACCUGGCGGUACCUAUAGCACCGAGGCCGAUUUUAUUACGGGUGAAAUUGAGUAUCUAUAUGAUAUACAGCUACCUGUAGAUGUCAUUCCCAAGCCUAACGAUGAUGAAGUAAACAACUUCACCCUUAUGACUCUCCAACAGGUUGUGGAUGCUCUAAUACGCGGAGACUUUAAGCCUAAUUGUGGCCUUAUUAUGCUUGACUUUUUGGUGCGGCAUGGGUAUGUUAACAGCGACAACGAACCACAUUAUUUGGAAAUAGUUACAAAGAUGCAUCGGCACCUCCCGUUUCCAACCCUGUAG